AGCGGCUUCUCUGCUUACGUAAACGUGUUGGGCGACCCUGCUGCUUCCGCUGCGCUUCCGCCUUCUUCUUCCUGUUAUCUUGGGUGUUUUGUUUUGUGGAGGGGAACCGCACACGCAGUUUACGUGCCCUAGCACGGAUGUUGUCUCUGUGCUCUCUCCGUCGUACACGGAGCAGAUUAAGGGCGUCGGCGUGAGAAAAAGAAAGCGAACAGUUUUUUGAAAUUGUCGUCAAACCUGUCGCUGCUGCUGCUGCUGUGGUGGUGGUGGUGCGCUCCGUGUGAACACUUUUUGUUGUUGUUGUCUGUGCGGCGGGAUUCAAGUAAACUGAGCUGCAGCAUCGUAUUCAUUGUAUUCAUCGGCGCCACCCACCCACCCAUCCAUACACUCCGACCUACACACAUAGCACGAUAGGUAAGGGGGCCACAUCUGUUUUUCUUCUUCAGCCUUUUCUUUUCUUUUUUCUUCUUCGCCAGCGUCAGCACAAAUCCACUUUUCCCGCCGAAAGAAGGAGGAAGAGAACGUCGCUCAAGAAGGAACUCGCUGAACACGUCACCACCUGCCGACGGCACCCAUACAGCAACAAUUUAUUCCCCCCCGCUUUCGUUUCCACCUCACCUCUACGGUUUAUCAUUUCCACGCUGAUUUGUGUUGUAGUGUCCUCACACUUCAGAGUCGUCGUCGGCUGCGGACCAACACUUCUCCCUUCGUACGACUGCCGUUUUGGGUUCCUUUGUUGGCAUCGAUCGGUGCAUGGCGUCUUCUGAAUUCCCCCGCGCGUCACAUUGCAAGAAGCAGCAGCUCUCAUUUUGCCCCGCUCAUCUGGCUUUCCCGGCCCAUCUGUUUUUUUUAGUUUUAUUUUUUUAGAGAAAAGAGGCCUCACGUCGGGCUGCCGCAACUCUGUGUGCGACUGUUGGAGACAACACACGAAGAGGGCACACGCAAAACAGAAUGGAGCGAGAGCCCGCCCCACUGUAUAGCAGCACCUCAGCCGUGCACGUAGCGCGUGCGCCACGGGUGCUGAAGGUCAACGUGCUGUACGGGAUGACCGGCGAUGAGGCGGCAGCCGGUGGAGGCGGCAACAGCACCGGCCCUUUAGGCACUAGCGCCGCCGUGUACUCUGCCUUGAACCUCAGCCGAGCCGCAUCCCUUUCUCACAGCUACGGCGCACACGUCGGGGCCUCGGCAACGCGACGCUCGAUGAUCGAGGCCGCUAACCCAAACAGCAGCGCCCUCUCGCUCACCGCCAUGAACGGCUCCGGUGCGGCAACGGCAACCUCGUCGCUGGCAAAACCUGUGCUGGAUCCCUCGCAGGUGCGGUGCUGCCCGCUGGAUCAGUGGAUCCCUGACGCGCACGUUAUGAACUGCAUGGCCCCUGACUGCAACAACAAUUUCUCCCUCUUCAACCGCAAGCACCGCUGUCGCAUGUGCGGGCGUGUGUUCUGUGCGUCGUGCUGCAACAACCUCGUGUGCCUCUCCGCCGCGACGGCGGCAAAGGCGAUGCCGACGGGGAUGCAGGAGGGCCUGAGUGUGAACAAUAACAAUAAUACUGCUAGUAGUAGCCACCAUACCUUUUAUGGGACGAAGAGCGGAAACUCGCCCGCCUCGACACCGGAGCUGACCGCGCUGGGUGGGGGUUCCGACGCCGCAACACCGUCUGGCCCCACGCGAGCGGCUGUCUCGGCAAAUGGCGUACAUGGUGCAAACGGCGCUGGAAUGCGCAGCAACAGCGGGGACUCCUCCGUUGGUUCGACCUCUCCUGGUGCUGAGACGCUCACGACGACGAGUCAAGUCGGCAUGGACAGCACCAGUGGCAGCGCGAACACGUCCAUGGGCAACGCCACGUCGAAUGCGAAUAGCAGCAAUAUCGUCACGAACUCUGUCGUUUCUUCGCCGGUAGUAGCGAACGUGGUGCCGUGCCGGGUGUGCGCCAGCUGCUCGUACGAAGUGCAGCUCGUCGUCUCAACGCGUCAGGAAAACGGGGAGCUGCGGCGGCGCAGCCGGGGCGAGCUGAAGAUGUUGCAGCGCGUGCUGCUGGUGAAGGUGAUGACAUACUUGAACCUGCUCGACCUGGCGAGUAUGGCGAUGGUGUCGGCCGACUUUUACUUCAUGUCCCGCGACAACCUCAUUUGGUAUCAGUACAACAUGACACGGUGGGUGCAGGAGGGGGAGGCGAUGCAGCUCUCUUCGCUCAAGUCGCGGGCAGCGGCCCUGCGUGCGCAGCAGCAGCGCGCCUCCCCGUGGUACGGCGGUGGCGGCGGCAACGCCCCGUCCUCCCUGGCGGAUGAUAUCUUCAACAGCACCCCUGUGAUUCAAGACGCGACGGCCCUCUCCGAGAGCGAGGCGGCGAAGCGGGUGAUCUCGCUCCACGCACGGUACAACUACACCCAGUUCCUUGACUUCGCUCGUCGGCAGGAGAUGGCCCGCUGCGAGGGCCUUUCCUCCUUUUCACUGGGGGCUCGCAUUCUGCUCUCGAGUCCGAUUCGCGUUGCGUUGGUGGGCCCCAGCGGUAUUGGGAAGACGGCGGCGGUGCAGUCGUUUUUGGGCGAGAAGGCGGCGCAGAUGGUGGUGCGGCCGACGAUCGGGUUUGUGCGCAGAGCCACGGCGGUGCGCCUCGCCGGUGGGCUCUCCGCGGAGGUCACGCUGCACAUCUACGACCUCAGCGGCGCCGACCGCUACGAGGAGCUGCGGCGCUUUGUGUGCCGCCACUGCCACGCCAUCGCCCUGUGCUACGACCCGGCGCAUAAGGUAACGCUCGUGCAGGCGGCGGACAUCAUGAUGGAGUUGGAGCCCGUGUUAGGGCCGCAGCCGGUGGUCGUCUGCGGGUUGCUGCGGAAAGGACCGUCGCACCCCUCGAAAGGACCAAUGGAGACAGCGUAUGGGCGCGGUGAGGGACCGCCUUCGCGUGCGGCCGGCAUGCACGAGAGCGACACGGCGAGGAAGACGCUGGCGCUGGAGGCGUACAAUGCCCAGUCGACCCCCGUCAACAGCGGUGCUGCGGCUGAUGUUGCUCCUGCGACGACGAACCCCACAACAGGUGCGUCCAGCACUUUUGCUGGAAUUGACAGCUGCACGGUGGGCCAAUCGCUGUCCAUGACGAUGGGGAAUGACAACGGUCGGGGUGCGGGUGGCGGUGGUGGCCAUCUUCUUGUUUCUUCUCCUCCUCUCACUCCUUCUCCCCCGCCAGCCCCGGUCACGACGCCAACGGCUGGAGGGAGCGAGGUGUCGAUAGAUGACGCCGUCGGCAUCACGGUGCGGGGGCUGUCGUCUAUUCAGUGUCCCAUGCUGCGCCCCGCCCCGCUCUUCGAGGCACUCGUGCAGGCCGUGCUGGAUCGCCUGGGUGAGGCAACCGUCGCAAACACCACCACCAUCUCCGAGAUCAGCGCGGAGCUGACGAUGCAGAACGAGUCGUCGCUCUCCGCCACGGCGGCGAGCCGGCUGCCGAGCAGCACGAACCCCCGCAGCAUAUCAGAUAGCGUGCGACGGUCCUCCGUGCGUCGUCGCCGCCCUGCUGCGUCGCGCACCAUCGUUCAAGAUUUGCUGAACCUGACGAUGCAGCCGUGCGCGCUGGAUAUCCUUCUCGAUCGCAAGUAG